AUGGAAGAGGGGGUGCAGGGCGUCCGAACCAGCGAGCCCCCUGCAGAAAUAUGCAUGGCUUUGUUUGGCCCUGCAUCGCCUUCGUGUGACGAGCUAGCUAGCCUUAGCACAGGCGACCAGUGGCCACAGCAUGCCAAGGCGAAUAGUGACCAGGCUGGUGUCAUUCCUUUCGUAACCAAGGCAAGCAGCUAUUCUAUCUGUAGAUGCUCGGAAUCGGGGCACGGCAACCGCCGCGAGCUAUACCCGCCGCACGACACUGCUGCUGUAGAGCGGCAAGACGAGCUUCGACACGGCGCGCGUGGAGAAGAGAGAGCGAUAUUCCGACAGCAGUUGCUGCUUAGACACCAGCAGUUGGUCCUGCACACCCAACAGCUCUCGGCCUACUGCGCGCUCUUCCUCACCAUGUUCAGAGCGGGCAUUCUUCCUAGGCCCUGAUCUGUUAUGCAUGCUUAUGUUUGUCCAUAACUGGGCUUUUCGUGCAUGAGCAAAAGCAUAAGUUGGAGCGCGCAUACAUCCAUUUUUUUACCCAUAAAAGUGUGCAUAACAGGGGGUUGUCGUGCAUAGCGGUGAUUAUGCACGAGUGAGAUGGGGGUAAGGGAUGGCUCAGACGCUCAGACAGCUCAUUGUAACCAAAACAGAGCUUUUUAACCCCUUCACAGCCUCUUGAUCUUUUAACUCUUUAGUUUCAAGUUCAGAGAUCAGACCACAAAUCG